GAGGGGCGGGGGCGGUGCGAGGCGGCGGAGCGCAGGGGAGGGGACCGGAGAGGAGGGGACGAGCAGACGGGAGGGGAGAGGAGGAAAGACCCGCCGCCUCCCUCCCUCCCUCGCUCGCUGACUCGCUCCCUCCCGGGCUGCGGCUGCUGCAACAGCGGCGGCGGCGGGAGUAGCCCGGAGGCCGGCGUCGAGGAUUCGUUGCUGGCUCUAUUUCUCCACACUCCCUACAGGGGCCCUCUCCCCUCUCCCAUUUCAAGAUGGCAGCCAGCAGCUCUGAGGGCUCUGAGAUGAAGGGGGUCGCGGAGGGUCUGCAGACCCAGGGAGAAGGGCCUGGCCAUCCAGAAGCUGGAACUGGCCCUCCUCAGGUCCCACCUGAGGCCCCAGAUGAGCCAGAGGCCAAGCAGCCAGACCCAGACACCAGUGGGGCCCCUGUAGACUCAGGGCCCAAGGCUGGGCUGGCUCCAGAAACCACAGAGACCCCAGCCGGAGCCCCAGAAACAGCUCAGGCCACAGACCUCAGCUCAGGCCCGGGAGGGAAAUCAAAGGCCAGCUCCAGCCCCGAAGAAGCAUGCCAAGAACCAGCAUCCAAAUCAGAGGAGAGCAAAGAGGCCACCGCAGGCCAGGGGUCCGCAGAGCCGGAGCCUGUAGCCCCACCUAAGGCAGCCCCAGAGCCUGCUCCCCAACAGGACCCCCAAUCAGACCCUCAGCCAGACUCCCAGCCAGGUCCCCAGCCCACUCCCAAGCCAGCUCUCCAGCCAGAGCCCCUCACCCAGGAGGACCCCAGCCCCGAGGCCCAGACGGAGCUUAUAGAAGAAAAACAGGAGAACGGAGCUGUGGUCCCCCUUCAGGCUGGUGAUGGGGAAGAGAGCCCGGCCCCCCAGCCUCACUCACCCCCCUCAGCCAAAACCCCCCCAGCCAAUGGGGCUCCCCCCCGCGUGCUGCAGCAGCUGGUUGAGGAGGACCGACUGGGCAAGGCUCACAGUGGGCACCCCGGAUCUCCCCGAGGUAGCCUGAGCCGCCACCCUAGCUCCCAGCUGGCGGGGCCUGGGGUGGAGGAGGGUGAAGGCGCCCAGAAACCUCGGGACUACAUCAUCCUCGCCAUCCUGUCCUGCUUCUGCCCCAUGUGGCCCGUCAACAUCGUAGCCUUCGCUUAUGCCGUCAUGUCCCGGAACAGCCUGCAGCAGGGGGACGUGGAUGGGGCUCAGCGUUUGGGCCGCGUAGCCAAGCUCUUAAGCAUCGUGGCGCUGGUGGGGGGGGUCCUCAUCAUCAUCGCCUCCUGCGUCAUCAACUUAGGCGGUGAGUGGGGGUCUGGGAUGCUGGGAGGAAUGGAAGGGAUGGUGAGGGAAGCUUUACUAACCCCUGCCCCUGCUCUCUCCUGUCUGUCUUCCCUACUUCUCCUUUGUCUUUCCUUGUCUCUACCCACCCCUCCCACCGUCUCUGUUUGUCCCUCCCUCUCCUCUCCCACAGUGUAUAAGUGAGGGGCUCUGCCCCACAUUCCAAGACUUUUCUUCCUGUUGGGAGCUGCCUUGGGCCCAUCCCUCUCCUGGGGGGAGCCCAAUCGAUGG